AUGGUGGCGCAUUUCUUCUUCGGCCACAAGGAGUUGCGAUCGCAGCCACCCACCGACUUCCCCAAGAUUACUGGCGCGCAACUGCUGUCCUUAAUGCUGAAAAGCUGGCUGAACGACGACAGUGGCUUCGAUGUCGGCAAAUUCGAGAAAGAGUGGAACCUGGAAGGAGGUCUAACUGCGGCGGCUAAAAGCCUGGGUCUUCCCAACUACCGGUGCAUUGGGGUGCACGUGCAGCGCGAGUUCCUCUCCAAGUUCAUCAUCAAGUCCGCCCUGAAGCACAAGAAUAAGAUCGAAAAGCAGUGCAAAGACCUCGUCCAGGAGUGCGUAACAGGAGGACACUUGGGCACUUUCCCUGCCUGGGAUCACGACCGUUGGCGUGCAUUCUUCGAGAAGCUCAAAGGCUUGUCAUCUGUGCCCGAACAGCUAUUCUGCAUCAAGGAGGUGCUCCGAAAGGAGAUCUUGGCUCUUCGGAACCUGAACGAGGACGACGUCGAGGCAUCCGUGGAGAAGACCUUUGCCCCGUUGCUGCUCCUCGCCAUCUCAUCCGCACAUGUGUCCUGCAAGGCAGGCAGCGAGAAUCAACCUGCAGACUUGGCGAACGCUGUGCGGCAGCUGCAGCAGCUGUUGCCAGCAGGCUGGAGCCUGGAAGAAGCCGAGAAGGCACUCCGCGCAUUUCCAAGCCGAGAGACAUCCUUGACAAAGGCGUUGCUGGCCAGCGAGCAAGCCAUCGCGCACAGUUGCGGACUCCGCUGCGCCUCCCAGCUGCCCCUCACACUGCCUCAGCUGAUGGAGCUUCAUCCGGAGCUCUCGGAGGCGCUGCCGCAACCGGAAGAUUUCGGCCGCGGCGGCGUCUCGGCGACUGCAUGUGGAGAGUCGGAACAGAGUGUGGCGCAACAGCUGCGAGAGCAGGUGAACGCCUCGCUGCUCUCAUUGGAGUCAGGGGACGUGGGCAUCGCAGACUUGCUGAAAGCCCUCGGCCGGAGUGAGGGCACGAUCUGCCAGCAGUGCUCCGUUGCCAGCUUCGGUGAGCUACAGCUGCAGGUAGGGUUUGGGGAGCUCUUGGCCCGGAACAGCGACGAGUUGGCCAAGAUGAUGGGCCCGUUCGUGCACAAGGCCGGCAGUGGGAAGCUCCAGUCGGAGCUAAGUCGCUUCUGCACGGAGCUCAAAGCCGCACAGGUGCCGACAUCAGAGUCCCUGUCAGCAAUCCUGGAUCACUUCGGAGCGGCGGUGACCUCCCAGGAAUGUCAGAUCGCUUGGGACCAAGCAGCCGCAUUCAACACCUUCGGUGAGGUAUCAACCGUCGAGUCAGUGCACAUUAUAGCCGCUGGCCACAGUGCAGCAUCCAGCUGGCAGAAGGCCGCCGCACGAAUCAUGGAGAAGGAGGAGAUGGUCCAGCAUGUUGUGGACAGCAUUCUACGGACACCGGUUCUGAUGAAUCUGCGAGAUGCCUUUCCCGACUGGACAGAGAACUUCCAAGAAGCUUUGGGGGAGUUCUCUGAAUUCUUGUCCUCCAAAGAUUUCCUUGACGCUUGGGAAGCACAAUGCCAUGGCAGCUACAUUUAUGCCAUUCAAUGGGAACACUUCGUUCGUCUCCCGACUUGUACGGUGACUGACUUCGUUACUUGCGUAGAAGCACGGGAUGCGGCCGGCGCUGCUGGCGUGGCGCUGCGCAGAUGGCUGCAAGAUGGAGUCAGUUUCCCGGCAGAGCAGUUUGCGGACGCUGCUGAGGAGGGCUACAAGAAAAUGGUGGCAGGUAAGCUCCGGGAGACGUUCGUGCUGCAGGCGUUGGUGUCGCUGCCGGUGAAGUUCCGUGAAGCUGUGUCGCGUGCGUUGGUGAAGCCAUAUAUGGACUUGGCCCUUCCCCGGAGCAACAUGAUUGCUGUGGCGAAGCAAAGUGCCCAGCUCACUGCUGCUCUCAGGUGGCUGGCCAAGUUCACCGGCAACACCGACUGGGAGUUGGACUGGCAGGAGCAAUACCCAGUAUACAUACCAGGGGAAGUUCAUGCGACUCGAGAUCGUGACCGUUGCCCGCAAGAAGCACCUGCAAGACAACCAGGCGAGAGAGCGGAAACAAGCGAUGCUGACAGCAGUGAUGGGGGGCACAUCUCGGAAGAGACGGACACGGACCAAGACUCGGAAGACCACACACGGAGUGAGGAUUCAGCCAACCGAAAGCUCUGCCGCAAAAUCGCCAGGGACAAGGGCGUGAAGUUGGAGCAUGUGAACACGGUGACCAGGAACUGGGAGCAACGCCCGAUGAGCGGUACGCUUCGAUCGCUGCAGACGACCGUACAGGGUGCUGUGAAGCGACUGUCAGCAGAUCUCUACAGCGGCGAGGUCCACUUCAUGCUCGAGCUGCUGCAAAACGCGGAUGACUGCGAGUUUCCGCAGGGCGUGACGCCGUCCCUCAAAGUGACCUUCGAGUCGGAUGCGGCGCAGUUUGGUGAAUACACCACAUUCAGACCCUCUCAGCCACCUCAGGCUUUUCUUGUCAUUGAGCACAACGAGACCGGAUUUCGCGACUUCAACAUCCGAGCGCUCUGUGACAUCGCUCAGUCCACGAAGACGGGUGAUGCACGGAAGUACAUCGGUACCAAAGGUAUUGGCUUCAAAUCCGUCUUCUGCGCCACCUCUACCCCGAUCGUUCAUUCGGGCUCUUUUCACUUCCACUUUGACUCGGACGCGUUGGACGGACUCGGGUAUCUGAUUCCUUUCCCACUGACACGGCCGCCGAAGUUCAAGACCGGAACACGCCUGGUGCUCCCACUCUACGACCAGGUAAAGACGGACAUGUGCUGCCGAAUUGUGGAGGACCUCAAGCCCGAGCUGUUGCUCUUCCUGAGAAAAUUGGAGGAAAUCAAGGUGGUGGACAGCCAGUCGCAGCUACAUCGGACCAUCCGAAAGGAGUUGGACAGCUCACGAAGCUCCCAUGUCAAGUUGGGCACUUGCACAACACCUUUGACGUCAGAAGGCAUGGAGGAGACGACAGCGCAGGAGUGGCACGUGCACCGAAGCCCCGUGACGCUGCCCAGAGUGAAAGAUGGUCAGAGGACAACCGAAUUGCAAAUCGCUUUCUGCCAGACGACAGCGAAUCCACUAGCACAGCAGCCAGCUUUCGCAUGGCUGCCGCUACGAACUUACGGGUUUCGAUUCGUCAUCCAAGCAGACUGGGAAGUACCCUCAUCUCGCGAGGGCAUCCUGGGCGAGAGCGAGCGCAAUCAGACCCUGAGGCGGCGUCUCCCAGAGAUUUUCUCGAACUUAAUCGAAGAGCUGGCGGAGAGCGCGCUGCAGAAGACGCAUGGUCAGAAGCGCAGGAACGCUUUCAAGAAAAUCUAUUCAUUGAUCCCACUCGUCGGAGAAGCCAGCGAGUUUUUCGCAGACACUCCGAAGUCCAUCCUGCAGUUGCUCAUGAAGAAGAAGUUCAUCUUGGUGCAAGGGGAAGGUCGUCUCGACUUGGUGUCACCCGGUGAGGUUGUGAGGUUUGAGCUUCCUGAUGGGGUCGAUGCGCAUUUGAGCGAUGAGAUCAGGAAGCCCUUGGAGGGCAUUCUUAAUCACCGCAAGCGCUACAUCGCGGUGGAGGAGUUAAGCAAAAGCUUGGCCGACAAUUUCAAUAUCCAACAUCUCAACGCCAACAUUGCCUUUGAGUGUCUGGACCACUUAUCCCGUGAAGAUGCUGAUGCCAGACCACGGACAGAAGCCGACCUCGGGGUCCUCCAGGUGCUCUUUCAUGUCAUGGCUAGCCACCUUGAGAAGAUGACAAAGGCGAUGUUUGACAACCUCCGUGGACUGUCAGCCAUCCCGACCGAAACUGGAAGGCUUUGUUCGGCAGCAAGUAAAGUCUACAUCGUAGACGAGGCAAUGGCCAAGACUUUCAUGGGAUAUGCAGAGGGCCUCAAUGUGCGAUUUCGACGGGGUAUGCAUGCCAAUGUGCAGAACCUGUUCACUCGCCUGGGUGUUCGACCGACCGAUGGCCACACCUUUUUGAGGGAAGUCUUGGUCCCGAUGCUUACAGCUGAGACUGCCUCCGAUACCGAGCGGCUAGUCAAAGCCACCCAAAGCGCUCGGGGAAUUCUGGCAUCCAUGUCAGCAGAGCAAAGAAAGCUCACAACCGCAGUGCUGCAUGAGAAGAUGUGGGUUGCUGUGGAAGUCGCCGGAGCCAAUGAAUUGAGCACAAGGACAGUCCGACUGUCCCAGGAUGUAGUGCAUAUAUACCGUUUGCCGGUGGCACUUGCUGCUGCAUGGGCCGGGCCUACAUGGUUGACCGCUAGUCGCUCAUACUACUCUCAAAUGGAGAAUGAUCCAUAUCAAAAUUAUAGCUGGGUCAAUUUCUGGGAGGAUCUUGGAUGUUGGCCAGCACUCAGUGUGGACAAAGACGCAGCUCCCGCAGGUUCGGUUCAGAGCCGCGACUUCAACCACAUCGUUCAUUGCUUGGAGCAAAUGCGCGCUACACCUGAAUAUGCUCAGAAUGUGUCUUUGGAUUUGGUGCAGUGGUUGGCUCCACACGGGUCUUUCUACGCCAAAUACCUGGGAAGUCCAGUCCCCGUCGAUCGAGGCCCCCAUGCAUCGUUCGCGAGCAUGCUAUUCAACACCGCAUGGAUGCCGUCACGGACUGGCGACCGCUUGUUGAGCCCACGUGAUGGGUGGGUUCCAACACCUAAAAGCGAGGUCAGAGCACGAGAGUGCAGAUUUUUGGCGACUAGCUGCUACCACAAGGCUGCGCAACUCUUGCUCGAGUCCUGGCCUUUCCUGCAUUUGGCGCAAGCUCCCAAUGCCAGCAUCAUUGUCCGCACCUUGAGCCACCAUGCAGCACAGCCGUCAGCAGCCUGGAGCACUGGAGAGAUGGCCAAAGUGUACCAAGCUUUGCAUAUGGCGUGUUGGAGAGAACACAUUUCUGCUCCGCGUGGCGCUCGCGCGGAUCAAGAAGAUGAGCCAGCACCGGGCAGUCUACAGGUUCGCGAGUAUUUACUUCACAAGCCCUGGAUUUUCUUGCCUGACGAGAGAUGCGGAAGCGUGAAUCCAACCGACGUGGGGACGGGGAGAUUCUUCACGGCAAGAGACGUGGCCAUUCGAGACAUGUCGGGCCUUUUCAGUGACCAGCAGCGUCGUGACAGUCGUGUUACAAAUGACAUCGUGAGGUUGGUUUCUCAGAGUGUUGCCAUCCGAACAGUCAAGGAGCAUUACCCUGACAAAAACGUUUUGGAGCUCUUCACCGACUGGGGUGUCGCUCCCGAGAUUGGAUGGGACUCGUACCUGGAUGUGCUGAACACCGUACAUGAACUUGUUUGCAAGGAAGACCGCAGUCACGUUUGGAGUGACGACCAAACUUUGCAUGAGAUUAUUUGGCGCAUGAUUGACAUGGUUGGCUACUGCUGGCCGGAAGACCAAGGUCAAGCGAUCGACGACCAUGACCAGCUUCAACCGGAUCAGGAUGGCGACGAGACGCAAUUCGCUGCACUGCGUCACUUUGUUCAACAAGCCCGUGAGCUGCGCAUUUGCUUUACGCAGUCCAAGCGGUUUCUGAAGCCAAGCGACGUGGAGUUUGUGGCGAAAGAUGCUUCAAGCUGGUUCGAAGAAGCGCAGAACUUUGCAGCGCUGCUUCCCGGCACCCGUGAUGAUGGCCGAAUUUCUCGGGGUUGGUAUCGCCUGGGACUUCGCAGAUGGAAGCAUCGGUGUGCAUUCCGGAGCAUCCUGCCCGAAGUGACCCCGCAAAAUGCCAUAGAGGCAAGACUGGCAAGAGGGCUUGUCCUGGCAGGAGUCCGAAGUGCCCUGCUGAAGUUUGUGGCGCAGCACAAGGGCAUGUCGGAUGGGAUGAAAAGGGUACUCCGGAUGGCGUGGCAGCUGGCGAUCGCAACGAAAGUUGUCUGUAUCUGUGAUGGCAACAACUCUGCGGACGUGCUGCUGGCACAGGAAGUGGUAGCCUUGCCUCAAGGCAGAUUGGAAGCAAGCGGACUCGCGCCGUUGGAAGAAGAUGCAUCCAAUACGAUCCUGGUCGGUUCCCGCGAAGACUUUGUUGUUGCCCGUAUCAACUCCCCCGUCAAGGAUACCUGUCUCGCGGGGUACAUAAUGUCAGCUGGAGCACGACAGCCUGCCUUGGCCUUGUACGUAGAGGCGAACCUUUGGACGGCCUACGUCAUCGAAAAGCACUGUGCCGAAGCAGCUGCGGAUCUUCUGUUUUCAGAGCUGCCUCACCAUUGCACGGAAGCUCAGGGCAUGUCGGAAGACGAUCUCGCUGCUAUCAGGAAGGAGACACCGAAGCUUAUCUCCACGAUUGCGGAUAGGGCGAAGUCACAGCAAUCGCAAGCAAGACUGCCAUCCGGGGCGAAUGUGCUCAAGGCAGUGGAGGAUGCUGUGAAGAUAUCGGGGGCGAAGUCAAAGCUUGGCUGGGCCCAAAAGCAGCAAUGGAGUCUGUCGGAUGCCUUGGCUAUCGAGCCAGAGGAGGCUUGGCAGCAGCUCCUGGCGGGGGAGGCCGAUGAACAAAAGGAGCCGUCGAGCUCUUCAGCAGCGGCGGUUCGGCCCGGAGGAAGGGACAACCCACCGGACGAUGGGCACCCAGUGAGUCAGGCUACACCGGAGCCCAGGCAAGCUGCGACGGACGACAGGGAAAGUAGCGACGAGGAGCAGGUAGCCGGCUUGGAUGACGGCCGGCUGCGAAGGUUCGUGGACCGUCAAGUGGAACGUGAAGUCGAGCGCCAGCGGCCCACUGUCCGGCCAGUCUCGGAGUUCCCGUCGGUCACACCGCAUGGCCUCCCCACUCCGGGUGCCGAAGGUGGCACAGGCAGCUGGGCCGGGCACUAUCCGCAACCAAACACUGCCACACAACGAGGCCCAGUGGAUCCCUGCAUCGCAGCAGCUCCGGCAAGGGGAGGCCGGGCAGCUGGUGGUCAGGAAAGCGGCACUUCUCCAUCCGGCCCCUCCGCCUCUGCACAGGCUCCUGCAGCAGGUGACCGCACCGAUGCAGAUCCCUGGGAUGCAGGAGGAGACCCUUGGUCGCAGCAUGGCCAGCCAGGCGCUCCAAGCACCGGCGCCGCUGCAUCCGGAGGAGAGCCUUGGUCGCAGCACGGCCAGCCAGGCCAGGCUGGCGGCCCUGCUGCUCCAAGCACCAGCACCACCGCAUCCGCCGGCGCCGGCGGUGACCGCACCGAUGCAGAUCCCUGGGAUGCAGGAGGAGACCCUUGGUCGCAGCAUGGCCAGCCAGGCGCUCCAAGCACCGGCGCCGCUGCAUCCGGCGGAGACCCUUGGUCGCAACACGGCCCCCCGCCAGGCAGAAGUGCUCCAAGCACCGGCGCCGCUGCAUCCGGCGGAGACCCUUGGUCGCAGCAUGGCCAGCCAGGCAGAGGUGCUCCAAGCACUGGCGCCGCUGCAUCCGGCGGCGGCCCCUCCGCCUCUACACAGCGUGCCGGCACUGCUGGAUCCGGCUCGUCGGCCGCGCAUGGCCCUCAUACUCAGAGCACGGCUGCUCAUGGUUCCGGUCAGUCGACAGCUGGUGCCGCUGCAGAUGCUCUUGCCGAGGGACACUUUGGUCUCGCGAGAAACCGCUGGCGCCGCGGUCAGGGACAGCAGGAGGAGCCGCAGGCUGGCCGGGGCAGCGUUCAGGCAUGGCUAGACGCUGCUCCUGCAGGCAGUCGUGGAUCUCAUACUGCAGAAGGAACAGGUACGGGCGGUGGCGGUGACCAGCGUGCUGGGCUUGCAGCUGGCAGUGGUGCAGCCGCUACCACCACGAAUGCCACGGAGGCAUCCGGCAAUGCCUCCGGCAGCAGAGGCCGCGCCGGGCUUGGCAGAUCGGAGAGCACCAGGGCGACGACGUCUGCAGAAGGGGGAGAUGCUGCCACCGGAUCCAGCCGUGGGGCGGGCAACGGAGGCGUUAGCUCCACCGGAACCACUGCUGACGGCAUCCCUGAGACUGCGACAUCAAGCGCGCAGAAGCGCAGCAUCAGUGCUCCUGCAGUUCUGUCAAGGGCGCAUGCAGCUGCUCUUGGACGAGAUUCGACCACCCGGCAAGAUGAAGUUUCGUUGCAGGUCAGGACUGCCAUGACCAAGUCACUGCUGGAGCCAUUCCCGAGCAAUCUUGUGCACCCCACGGUGGAGGUCGUGGAGAUUCUCUGGCGAAUCUUCUACGAGAACGGGGGGCUCCAGGCUCUCUAUGGAAAUGUUCAACAUCGGCCGGACGGAUGGGAGGAGCUGGUCCCUGUGGACCGACUCUUCUACACGCACGCGAACAUCAGUCCAAUGUUCGCCCAUGGAGACAAGAAAGGCUUGCCCAUUCGGACCCUGGCGAUGGAUUUGUUGUGCGGGCUGGUCGACAUGGAGCGAGACGAGAGGCUGCGCUUGGAGGUCGUUCGCUACGACAAUCGGCUGCAUUCGCUAUGCAACAGGAGGCUUUUCGCCUUCAAGCACUACCAAGCCAUGUUGCGACAGCGUCAGGGAGACCAGAGCGUUCAAGCGCGAGCAUGGGUGCGUCAUCGAACGCUGGAUGCCAUCACAGCGAAAUUUGUCUUGGCGUUCACGACGAAGUGUCGGGGCGAGACGGUUGAGCUUCGUGGAAGUACGGCAGCGGCUGCUGCUCCCGAACCUAGGAACCGACCAAGGAGCUGA